CACCCGAUCUCUGUGCUUUCCUCCUUAUCCAACAACCUUGUCUUGUUCUAUCGUUUCUCGAGAACGAAAAUCAAAAGAAACGAGAUCGAAAGAGGGCACUCAUUCCCCGAAAAGAUGCAAGACCCAGUUGCAAUCAUAGUAGGAGCUGGUCCCUCUGGCUUAGCCACCUCUGCCUGCCUAAACCAGCAUUCAAUCCCUCACAUACUCCUUGAAAGAGAAGAUUGCUAUGCUUCUCUUUGGAAAAAAUACUCAUAUGAUCGUCUACGCCUUCACUUGAGAAAACAGUUAUGCGAGCUACCUCACAUGUCAUUUCCUGACUCAUACCCCGCCUAUGUCCCAAAAGAUCAGUUCUUACAAUACUUAGAUAACUAUGUUUCCCACUUCAAGAUCAGUCCCAUGUACCAGAGAAGUGUUGAGUUUGCGAGUUUCGAUGAAGAAGCCAAGAAAUGGAAUGUUAAGGCUAGAAAUGUGAGUUCUGGGGAGAUUGAGGAAUACUCUGCGAGGUUUUUGGUGGUGGCUAGUGGAGAAACGAGCAAUCCUUUUAUACCAGAGUUCGAAGGAAUUAACACUUUCACUGGAGAGGUUCUUCACUCUACUGAAUUCAAAAAUGGAAAGACUUACUGUGAUAAGAAUGUUUUGGUUGUUGGGUCUGGUAAUUCUGGCAUGGAAAUUGCAUUAGACCUCGCAAACCAUGGUGCAAGAACAUCAAUCGCCAUCCGUAGUCCGAUUCACAUUCUAUCGAGGGAGAUGGUAUACUUGGGAUUGAAUAUGUUGAAGUAUUUUUCAUGUGGCAUGGUGGACAAAGUUAUGGUGAUGCUUAGCAAACUUGUUUAUGGAGACUUAAGCAAGCAUGGGAUAAAGAGACCAAAAGAGGGGCCGUUUUUCAUGAAAGUUGCUUACGGGAAGUAUCCAGUUUUCGAUGUCGGUACCUGCAACAAAAUCAAGUCCGGAGAGAUCCAGGUCUUGCCCGCACUAGAAAGCAUAAGAGGCAAUGAGGUGGUAUUUGAAAAUGGCGAGUCACGCCCCUUCGACACCAUUGUUUUUUGUACUGGCUUCGAGAGAUCAACUAAUAAGUGGCUCAAGGGGGAUGAUUACCUGUUGAAUGAAGAUGGGAUUCCAAAGCCAAGUUACCCUAACCAUUGGAAGGGGAAGGACGGUUUGUAUUGUAUUGGAUUAUCAAGGAGAGGUUUGUAUGGAGCUAGCGCGGAUGCACAGAAUGUAGUCGACGAUAUCAAGGCACUCAUUUAGAUGGCUUUUGGUUAAUGCCCUGAAUAAAAAAUAUGGAAAUGAUAAUU